CCAUAUGGUGAGAUGUUACGUGCGUCACCCUGCCGGGUUUUCAGCCGGCCCAUCUUUUUUUGGUGACGUUUGAGCCCCGUGAUGCCAGGAAUAGAAAAAUUAAAUAUUAAAUAGUGCAGGUGAGAUUUCUGCUUGUACACCAGGCGCUCCAUAUCCGUGUCCUCCUCAGCGGCCCCCUUUAGCGUCGGCCUUCUAAUCGAGAAAUCUGCUGGAUUAGCUCUCCAUAGAGUGCCUCGCAAACCUUACAUGCUUCCCUUGUUUGAUGAAUCCAACUCUGCCAGUGGGAGUGCCAGUUUUAACGAACUCAGUCCAUUAAGACCUGAAAAAUGGCUGAAAACUCCAGUGACAGUGAUUCAUCUUGUGGUUGGACUGUCAUCAAUCAUGAGGGGUCUGAUAUAGAGAUGGUGGCUUCUGAACAUGGGACAGCCAGUGACAGCUGUGAGCUCCUCCCAGAGUAUUCAUCUUUAGAGCAAGAGGAGCUACAAGUAUUGCAGUUAGAACAAGGAGAGAGCAGCCAAACUGUCACAAUGGUAGUGGGAGAAACUGCUUAUCCAGCUUUGGAGGAAACACAGUUAGCACUUGUGGGAGAGGAAGAAAAGUCACCUGAAGACAAUGUUUCUUUUGGAACUGUCAGUGACGAUUCUGAUAUUGUGACCCUUGAGCCACCUAAGUUAGAAGAAAUUGGAAAUCAAGAAGAAGCCAUAAGUGUUAAAGAAGCACAGAGUCCAGAAGACUUUAACAUGGGCUCUUCCUCUAGCAGCCAAUACACAUUCUGUCCACCAGAAACUGAAAGGUGGUGGGAGAAGCUGUGGAAGAUUCCUGAAUGCAUAAGGGCAUGGGAUGAUCAGCUGAAACACCAUGUUCCUAGCCAACUCCUUUUCCAAGUAUUUUCAUCUCAGCCGAGUGACGACAAAUCAAGUAGUGAUGAAACCAGCCAUCAGCCCAGUCCUGCCUUUAGACGCCGCCGUGCUAGGAAGAAAACUAUUUCUAGUUCAGAAUCUGAAGAACGACUGCUCGCUGACCAAGAAACUGAACCCUCUAAGGAGCUGGGUAAACGCCAUUUCAGUAGUGGCCUCAAUAAGUGUGUUAUACUUGCUCUGGUGAUUGCAAUCAGCAUGGGAUUUGGACAUUUCUAUGGCACAUUUCAGAUUCAGAAACGUCAACAGUUAAUCAGAAAGAUACAUGAAGAUGAAUUGAUUGACAUGAAGGACUAUCUUUCCCAAUGUGACCAGAAACAAGUCUCUGUUACAGAUUAUAAGUCAUUAAAGGAAAACCUUGCAAAGUGUUGGACCCUUACUGAAGCAGAGAAGAUGUCCUUUGAAACUCAAAAAAAGAGCCUUGAUACAGAAAAUCAGUAUUUAAGAAUAUCUCUGGAGAAGGAAGAAAAAGCAUUGUCUUCAUUACAAGAAGAGUUAAGGAAACUAAGAGAACAGAUUAGAAUAUUGGAAGACAAAGGGACAAGUACUGAAUUAGGUACUGAAAACCAGAAACUUAAGCAGUAUUUGAAAGAAGAAAAGCAGAAAACACGCAGCAUCCUUAAUCAAAGGGAGACUUUAUUGGCAGAAGCAAAGAUGCUAAGGAGGGAACUGGAGAGAGAACGACUAAAAACCAUGGCUUUAAGGGUGGAACUUCAGCAGUUAAGCUCUAGGCAGUCAGAUGGCAACCCAGAUUCUCCCAAUGUUUUGACAGAAAAAAAGGAAGUAGAAAUCUUACGGGAAAGACUCACUGAGCUGGAACGGAAGCUAACCUUCGAACAGCAGCGUUCUGAUUUGUGGGAAAGACUGUAUAUUGAGGCAAAAGAUCAAAAUGGAAAACAAGAAACUGAUGGGAAAAAGAAAGGGAGCAGAGGAAACUACAGGGCCAAAAAUAGGUCAAAAGAUACAUUUUUGGGUUCAGUUAAGGAAACAUUUGAUGCCAUGAAGAAUUCUACCAAAGAAUUUGUGAGGCACCAUAAAGAAAAAAUUAAGCAGGCAAAAGAAGCUGUAAAAGAAAAUCUGAAAAAAUUCUCAGAUUCAGUUAAAUCCACUUUCCGACAUUUCAAAGAUACCACCAAGAAUAUCUUUGAUGAAAAGGGCAAUAAAAGAUUUGGUGGUACAAAAGAAGGAGCAGCUAAAAAACCAACAGUUUUUAGUGAAUACUUACAUCCACAGUAUAAGGCUCGUACACAAAACCAGAAUAAUAGAGGCCCUGCCAUGCAAAGAGAGGGAAGGAAAGAAAAGCCAAUUCACUUUGAAGAAUUUGGGAAAAACACAAAUUCACAGAAAUGCAGUGCUGAACAUGGCUGUAGUGAAAAUUAUAAUUCUUUCAGAAAGUCUUGUUCUGGUGUAUUUGAAUGUGCUCAACAGGAAUCCAUUAACCUUUUUAAUAUGAAAGUGUCCAAUCCUGUAAGGAUAGAUGAAUUUAGACAGUUAAUUGAAAGGUACUUAUUAGAGAAACUGGAUAGUUUUCAUCAUUGGAAAGAACUUGAUCAAUUCAUCAAUCAGUUUUUCAUACAUGGUAUCUUUAUACAUGAUCAGAAGCUCUUCACUGACUUUGUUAAUGAUGUUAAAGAUUAUCUUAAAGACAUGAAGGAAUAUCAAGUAGAUAAUGAUGGAGUGUUUGAGAAGUUGGAUGGAUAUAUAUAUAGACACUUCUUUGGUCACACUUUUUCCCCUCCAUAUGGACCCAGUCGGCCAGAUAAAAAGAAACGUACGGUAAAUAUUGAAAACUCCAGACAUCGAAAACAAGAGCAGAAGCAUCCUCAGCCACAACCUUAUAAGAGGGAAGGUAAAUGGCAUAAAUAUGAUCGCACUAAUGGAAGACACAUGGCAAAUGUUGAAAUAGAAUUGGGGCAGUUACCUUUUGAUCCUAAAUAUUGACCAUCAGGAUUAAGUUAAAUUAGAAAACUAGCAAAUACGGAUGCUUUCUACAAUGUUUGUGUUGAAACUAGGAUGAAAUGAUCAAGAUAAUGUCUUUUUAUCAUUUCUAAGUAUCUGUUUGAUGACUUUAUAUUACUCAGAAGCAUCAAGCAAAAGCUUACUAACCUGCAUUUUCCUGUGUAGCUUUGCUGAAUAUUUUUUGGCACUGGAAAUGUUCAACUAUAGUUCUGUUAAGGAAGCCAGGCAUGCAACAGGUUCUGUGCAUGAAAUGAGACUUCCUUUCAGUGUUUGAGCUUAAAGCAAGCUCAAGUCAUACAUGACAAAGUGUAAUUAACACUGAUAUUUGUGUGAAAUUUGCAGUUGAGCUUGAAAAAAGUACAUUGUGAUGAAAUUUCUUCUUUAACAUUUUAUAAUUUUACUCUUGCUUCUUGUCUUUUUGUGGGUUCAAGAGCCCGUAGACUUGUGAAGAAUUUGCUGCCUUCUUAUGAGCUUGCUGACUUGUUCUCUUGUGAAAUUUCUUGCACAUCUGAAUAUUGUGGAAGAAACAAUAAAACUACAACAUGAGGAAAACUAAAGGUCUUUAUUUAAAAUCUGGGCAUUGUAUUAAUAUACAAUUUUAUAUUUUGUGAUAAUUUUCGUACAUUUCCUCAGUAGUAAUAUUUGGUAGAGCAGUUCAGAGGUGUUUUGCUAGUUCCAUGAAUCUUACCCAGAGUUUACUAGUGUAUUUAAGCAGCAUCUGAAUACUUUUACCGAGCAGUGUUUUUUUCUCUGGGAAAGAUCUAAAAACAGUUCAGAAUUUCAUCUUCUAUAGAGUUGCCCUUUUAACUUCCGUUCAUAGAUGUAUAUGUGACUUCCGGUUCGACCCUCUGGCAAGUGAGUGUGGAAGAAAAUAGCAGUUCUCUCAUAGUUUCUUGAAAUUAAGAAAGCACUGAUUUCCUAGAAAUAAAUGUUUAAGUAAAUAAAGGCUACAUUUUGCUCAGUACUGUUU